UUCGGGGAAGAAGGGAGGACGAGUCACAUGAAGGAGCUGCUCCUGUAGAGUAAAAGUGAUCUCCUAACCAUUUUUCUUUUUUCCAGCCACUUUUUGUUGACAGUAUUUUCUAUUCAUUCCUCACCUAGUGCCUGCUACUUGAUGUGAAUGAUUUACAUUUUAUCAGGGCUUUGCAAGUGAAUAUAUAUAUAUAUACAGAAUUUCUGUAACCAAAAUGUACUGAAUUUUAUUUAACUUGUUACAGAAGAUCAGAUAUCGUCUUUCUAAGUCAACCCUCAAGAACCAAAGGUUUAUCACUUGUGAACCACAGUCAUUAGCUAUGGAUGUAUUCAUGAAAGGGUUUUCCAAAGCUAAAGAGGGAGUCGUGGCAGCUGCUGAGAAAACCAAACAGGGUGUGGCGGAAGCAGCAGGAAAGACAAAAGAGGGCGUCCUUUACGUGGGCUCCAGAACAAGAGAUGGUGUUGUACAUGGAGUAACAACAGUGGCUGAAAAAACCAAAGAACAAGUUUCUAAUGUGAGUGGAGCAGUAGUUACGGGAGUGACUGCAGUUGCACACAAGACAGUGGAGGGUGCUGGAAAUAUUGCUGCUGCCACAGGACUGGUGAAGAAAGAUCAGCUGGGUAAACAGAAUGAAGAAGGAUUUGGACAAGAUUUGGAACAUACAGACAUUACGAAGCCAGAGGAUACAUAUGAAGUGCCCUCUCAGGAGGAAUAUCAAGAUUACGAUCCUGAAGCAUGAAUAUUGUGAGCAAGCGUCAUACACAUACAAUAUUCAACAGAUCAUGAUGCAUUCCAAUAUACUGAGAUUUUAUUCAUAUUUUAUUUUCAACUGUAAAUAGAAGUCUUCCAUCAGCAAAACAAAGUAUUACUAACCUUGAUUUCCUCUCAGGUUAGAUAAUUCCGCUCUAGGGGUCACCAAUGAGUGGUUAUAUUGUGCUAUGGAUGUUGUGGCUUCAAAUAAUGGAAAAAAAACAAAAAAAAAAACACCUAAGUGUCUAUUAAUGUCUGACUUAAUACUUGUAAUAUUGCUUGUUUUCUAGUGGUUUCGUAAUGUUUCUAUUUUCCUAUGCUUUUGUAUGUUUCAUAUGUUAUUACUGUCUUCUGUAACAUAAUAUUGUGAGAUCCGUUUCUAAGUAUCUAGUAUUUCUGACUGUGAGUCAUGAUCUAUGCACCAAAUAAUUGAAAACCCCCAUAUUUCAAUGGUUUAUGUUUCUUCAGCGAUGAUAUUGGAUAAUCCUCAUUGACAUUGAUUUACCAUAAGGUUUGGAGAAGGAAGAAUGUUUUCCUACUGAACUAGUGGACUUAGCAUGAUCUUCAGUUUGUGGGCAUGCCUGACCGGAAAUUCUGUAUUAUACAGUAUGUGAUGAAAAUACUUUGGAUGCAUCAAUAAUGUUGUUUAACAGUUUAGACAUGUACACUUAUUAGAUUUGGCUGAAUAUGUUUACUGUUUGUAUUUGUGUUCUAUAGUUUAAGAAACAAAGCACAACAAUUACUGUAUUUAUAUGAAAUUAUACCACUACACCACGAAUGGGUCAUCCUUCUAUUUGAGACAAUAUUGUAUUGUAUAACUGUGCUGUCCCCUAAGAGGUACUUUAAAUCUCUGUCUAUAUUAUACAUGGAUUACCGUAUUUUUCGCCACUGGGGGGGAAAAGUUGGUGCGUCUUAUAUGGUGAAUACACACCUAUCGCCGCGGUCCCUGCGGCCAUCAACGGCCGGGAGCCGCGGCUAAUACAGGACAUCACCGAUCGUGGUGAUGCCCUGUAUUAACCCUUCAGAUGCGGCGAUCAAAGCUGACCGCCUUGUCUGAAGCGAAAGUGACACUAACCUGGCUGCUCAGUCGGACUGUUCAGGACCGCCGCGGUGAAAUUGCGGCAUCCCAAACAGCUUACAGGACACCAGGAGGGACCUUACCUGCCUCCUCGGUGUCUGCUCCAUGCCAGGAUCCCCUGCAUGGCCGGCGCCCUCCUUCGACGUCAUCACGCCGUCGCACACGCCGUCCCGUCAUCCAAUAGGAGCGGCGUGCGUAGCGACGUGAUGACGGAGAGUGUGGAUCCCAGGGAAGAAGACGUCUGGAGCAUCGGGGACACCACGGGGAUGCAGCGACAGUGAUGGAGCGACAUCCAGGGCAGCGGUGAUGAGCAGUGAUGGGUCCGGAGCGGUGGGGACACGUAUUACCUCCUAUACCAGUGGUCUUCAACCUGCGGACUUCCAGAUGUUGCAAAACUACAACUCCCAGCAUGCCCGGACAACCAACGACUGGGUUCAGAAUCUUUUUUUUUUCUAGAUAUUGCUCCUUUAAAAUUGGGUGCGUCUUAUAUGCUGGUGCGUCCUAUAGGGAAAAAAAUAUGGUAGAUUCCUUUUCUAAUAUGAAUAAGGCAAUGCAAGGGAGAAGUAACAUCUUCAGAGCUGUGCUCUUAAUUUUUUAAAUGUUUUUGAGCAAUUAAGUUGUAGAGAUUUAUUGAUUAGAAGUCAUAUGGAAGACAAUAAAGCAUAUACACACCAGGCUUUUAUAUAGUCUGUAAUUAUGAAGACAUAUAGGUGUGACCUGGAGCUGUAUACAUAAAAUGGUAAAAUAUUUUGAACAAAAAUGUACUUAGAUGUAUUAGACCACUAAAAUAUUAAAGAAGUAAAUUUGUAAACUAUCAUAUAAUUUUACAGUAUGGCUGCAAGACAUUCAUACAAAUCUGGUGUGAAAACUUGUGUCAAGGGAAAACCUGUUUUAAAAUCCCAUUUAAAAAUAGUGUUAAUUGCUUGCAGACUAUCGUGAUUUUGGGCCAGAGUUGCUGGGAGUCCCGUAGACUUGUAUGGGACUUCCAGCAACUUUGUCUAUAGUCUGAAAUCAAGUCUCACAAUCAAAAGUGAUCCCUAUAUUUUCAGCCAUAUCCUACCUUUUAAAUUCUCUUUUGCUUCUUAUAACAGAUAUAGCAGUUCUUAUUUCUCUACAAUACCUUGAUGUUUUCUAUACCAGCUCCCAACUUGGAACCACUAAUCUUUAAAUUUUCAACUCGAAUGAAUGUAAAUACAUGAGGGGGAUUCACAUGAGAUAUCUAAUUUAUAAUUCUUAACAUACAAUAUCCCUUUUUACAUCUUCGAAAGUAAACAUUUGAGAUUUUUUUCUUAUUUUCGGCGAGAAAGAGUAUAUAUUUUCGGUCUAUAUAGAAUAAAGAAAAUAAUGCUGUUUCCUAUAUUGAACUGUUAUUAAAAUAUAGAAUACAAUUGAAGAGGAUCUGUAAACUAUAUGAAAAAAGAAAAAAAACUCAAAAACAUUAUCAUAUUGUACAUUCAUUGUAAUUUAACAAUAAAUAAAUGUCACCAGUGUGAUUCCAAA